AUGGCGUCUUUCGAUACUUACCAGACCUCGCUCACUGCGAGGUAUUGCAGCAAGGAGAUGGGACAGCUUUUCAGCCAGCGCUCUCGCCACUCCCAGUGGCGCAAGCUCUGGCUGCUGCUCGCUGAGUCCGAGAAGGAGCUCGGUAUUGAGACCAUCACCUCUGAGGCUCUCGAGCAGAUGAAGCAGCACCUUAUCCUUACCGAUGAGGACUUUGAGGUUGCUCGUGUUGAGGAGAAGAAGCGUCGUCAUGAUGUUAUGGCUCAUGUGCACGCUUUCGGAGCUGUGGCUCCCGCUGCUGCUGGUAUCAUCCACUAUGGUGCUACUAGCUGCUACGUCACUGACAACGCUGAGUUGAUUCUUAUGCGUGAGGCUAUCGACCUUCUCCUCCCCAGACUUGCAAAGGUUAUCAACAACCUGUCUAAGCUCGCUAUGGAGUGGAAGGACACACCUACCCUGGCCUACACCCACUUGCAGCCCGCACAGCUGAUCACAGUCGGCAAGCGAGCUGCUCAAUGGGCCCAGGACCUCGUCUUCGAUCUUGAGGAGAUUGAGCAUGCCCGAGCUAAGCUCCUCCUUCGAGGUGCUCAAGGAACCACAGGCACACAAGCCUCGUUCCUCGAGAUCUUCAACGGUGAUGCUUCCAAGUGUGACCAGCUCAACGAGCUGCUUUGCAAGAAGGCUGGCUUCCCUGGAUGCUACGAGGUCUCCACUCAGACCUACUCCCGCAAGGUUGAUCUCAUGAUGGCCAACGCUAUCUGCGGUCUCGGAGCUACUGCCCAAAAGAUCACCGGAGACAUCCGUCACCUUGCUGGAUGGAAGGAGGCCGAGGAGCCUUUCGAGAAGGACCAGAUUGGUUCGUCCGCAAUGGCUUACAAGAGAAACCCCAUGCGCUCUGAGCGAGUUGCCAGUCUGUCCCGCGAGCUGCUUUCAAAGCAGGCUACAUUUGCCAACACCUUCAAGGAGCAGUGGAUGGAGCGCACACUAGACGACAGCGCCGUCCGCCGAAUCGACAUCCCCGAGAUGUUCCUCCUUGCUGACGCCAUCAUCGGCAGUCUCGACAACAUCACCGACGGCAUGGUCAUCUACCCCAAGCGCAUCGAAGCUCGCGUCAUGGAGGAGCUCCCCCUUAUGAUCACCGAGAGCAUCAUCAUGAAGCUCUGCGCCAAGGGCGUUUCCCGCCAGGAGGCCCACGAGGAGAUCCGUGUUCUCUCGCACCAGGCCGGCUACGUCGUCAAGCACGAGGGCGGUGCCAACGAUUUGGUUUCGCGACUCAAGGCCACUGAGUUCUUCAAGCCUAUCUGGGGUGAGAUCGAUGCUAUGAUGAAGCCUGAGCUGUACAUUGGCCGCAGCGUUGAUAUUGUUGAGCGUUAUUGUGGCCCCGAGGGUGUGGCGCAGAAGAAGAUUAAGCCUUACAAGGCUAUCUUUGAGAAGGCUAAGACGACGGAACUCAGCGUCUGA